AUGGCUAUACCCAACCUGUCAUCGCGCGAUCCGGAGGCCAUCCCGCCCUAUCGACCCGAAGAGACCGCCCAAUCUGCUCGGUUGGCCCGUCUCCGUCGAAGGCUCCCUACAUUUCUGUCUUCUCCCAAUAAACCCACUUCUCCUAGCAAAUGCGACCGCUUCCGCGAACGCCUCCCCAAAUUCCGUGCUCCUAAUCCUCCAGACCGUCCGACUUUCAAAGAAUGGCUCCGCCGAUGCUGGCUCGACGUCCUCACACAGCUCCUUUGCGUCUUGGUCGCUUUCAUCAUCUACUUGACCGCGUCCCCUCUGAUGCCGAGAUAUUUCCCUUUGUAUCCAGGCAUUCACACCACAGACUGGGGAUUGAAGUACGGGCAGCCGUACGUUAACGAGUACAUCAAUACGACUUGGAGUGCAGCAGUCAGCUUUGUUUUCCCGUUCCUGAUCAUGUCCGCCAUAUCAGGAUGGUAUUUCAAUAGCUUCUGGGACGGCAACGCAGCUUGCAUCGGCCUCGGCUACGCCCUAGCCACCGCCACCCUCUUCCAAUCCUUCAUCAAAUGGAUCAUCGGCGGCCUGCGCCCACACUUCCUUUCGCUCUGCAACCCGGCCAUCCCGCCGGCAUUCGGCGGCAUCGGCCAAGGCCCGAACGCCAUGUAG